AUGGUAGUGAGAUGGGAAUCAUGCAUCCGAAGUAUGAAACCUUUAUUAUGGUUACCUUUAGCUCCUCCAAUUCGUAGUCGCAGAAAUGUUUCUCUAUCGAGCAGUAUGAAUUGUUUUGUAUGGUCAACGCCAUUAUAUUCUAAACGUUGUUUGAUGCACUCUUUAUCCCCCAAUUCUUCAUUACGGGAUGAAAAUAUAACCAUAGAUUCCCAUACGGAUGAAGAUCCUGUAUUUUCCUUUUUACCUCCCUUUUCCUCCAUACCAUUGGUGAAAUUAGCGAAGUUACUCCCAGAUGAAGUAAUUGAAAAGCUUGAUAACGGUUUAAAAAAUCACCUGGAACGUUUCCCAAAUAGGUAUCGACUCUUUCGUACAUCAAAUGGUCUUUUAAACGUUGAACUUACUAAAGGAGGAUCUCUUCAACGCAGAAUAAAACCAAAAAAAAAAUGUAUAAAAGAGCAGCCUGAAUAUCAGAUCCCACACAUCUGUUUUCCCCUACCUAAUCGUUUCUUUACUUUAGAGAGUAUAAUGAAGGCUUUUGACUCUCUUGGCGCUGUUGAUAGUAAAAAUGUUUCUGAUAAAGAAGAAAAGAGAAUAUUAGAAGAAGAAUUUCUUGAAAAGGCAAAUCUCUUUGUACGUGAACGCUUAUUUCCAGUAAAAAGUAUACAAGUGUGGUUACUAACAGAAGAACACAUCAUGGAUGAAUCACUAACAACAACUGGAAAGGAGGAGGAGAAAGGAACUGUUGAAGAGCAACAAACUGAGGAAAAGCAUGGGAAAAGCAAACUUCAGGCUUUUCGAUGGGUUCGCAUAAAAGAUACAGAACAGUUUGAUAAUGUUCUGAAUCAACUUCGACAUGAGAUUGUUAAGAAAAGGUUAAAAAAUGGAACGAAUAUGGAUGAAAAAGUUUCUUGUGUAAAACCUCCAAGUGCUGUGACUACUAGGAGUACCCUCUACACACGUUUUAUUACUCGUCCCGUAAUGUGUAGUGUAGUAGAGAAGGAAAAAAUCCCAGAUGAUUGUAAUGGUAUUAUUGAAGACUAUAAUGUGUAUCGUUUAUGCCGUGCAUUAAAUACGAAAACUUUUAUUCAGUUUCCAGAACUGCAAGAUAUUGCUGGUGAUUGGUUAACACAACCACUAGCAGCAGUACUAGCUAUAGCAGGAGAGGAAAGUAAAACAAACAUUGAACAAGGAGUAAAGAGUCAUGGAUGUUCUAUUUUUGAUUUUGAAUAUGAUCCUUUAGACUCUACUCGCGUAGUGGGUGUACGAUUUUGGCUUGAUGAGAGGCGUUACCUUCCAUCCCUAUAUCGUGAAAAAACUCUUUCAGAAUUACAGGAGGAACUUUCUGAAUUAAAGAAUACAAGUCCUAAAAAACCAAAAAAUAUUGCUAAUCAUAUACGUGUACGUUACAUUGAUAAGAAACGUUUGCUACAUCGAUGUAUUGCACUUCAUGAAAUUGGUGUUUCACCAUUGUGCCAUCCGGAUGUUCUCGCAUAUUAUAUCUUUGAUCUUUUGCCAUUAGAUAAUCAACUUAUUCUUACAGGACAUUUACCAAAAUUACUUCCAGAUGAUGUUCAACGUAUUACGGACGCUAGAGUUCGUUCUUGGUUAAAACAAUAUCCACAUCUAUUUCGUUUAGUGGAACAUCCUCCAGAAUUAUUCAUACAACGAGUAGACGUGGUAAGUGAAGAAAAUGAAGGAGAGUCCCACAUGAAUGAAAACAAUAAUAAAAAGCAGCGAAAACAACAAGAACAAGAUAUAGAAAGUCAAGAAAAAAAGAAUGUAAUGACAGGAACUUCACAAUAUCAGACUAGGUAUGAAGAACAACUACUUGUUGACCCUGAUGAGCAACUUCGGUUUAUGGUUUCCCUCGUAGCGUCAAGACUAGAGGUGUGUAAAUCGAGAAAAUUGCUUCCUUCACAUUUACCAAAAUUUAUGACCACUGAAUUGCGACGCGCAAUUUUACCGCGUCACUCUGGUGGCAUUUUAUCUUAUCUGCAGCGUUAUCCAGAUGUGUUCAUUCUUACAUAUGGAGUUCAUCCGCAUGAACCGGUGGUAACGUUAACCCCUCGUUUUCAUCCUAACCUUGAAAAUGCUUCACAAGAAGGCACAGAACCCAUAAAUACAGUGGACAGCGUGAAGGAAAAAGAAGAAUAA